AUGUCAGAAUUAUUCGCCACUUAUGAAUCUGAUUUGCAAUUGGCGUUACAAGAAGCCAAGUCCAAAUUAGCUCAAAUAUCGUCAGCAGAUGGAAAAGAUGAACGUAAGCAGUUUUUAAGGGCCAUUGAGACGGCAACGGAUGAAUGCUUAGAGGUAUUGGAUCAAAUGAGUAUAGAAGUGCAAAACUUACCCUCCAAUCAAAGAUCAACGUAUAACACGAAGAUACGUCAGUAUAAAUCGCAGGUGGAGGAUAGUAAAGAUAGACUAAAGAAAUUGUUGGACGACCAAGAUAAAUACGAGUUAUUUGGAAACAGAUACACAGACGAUGACUCGCAUGAUGAUAUACACGAUUCUCAACGUAAGCAGUUGUUGAAUAACAAUUCUUCGCUUGAAAGAACGUCCGAGAGAUUGAGAGACAGUCAACGAAUAGCUCUCGAAACAGAAAAUAUUGGGGGUAACAUUCUUAACGAUUUAAGAUCCCAGAGAGAGCAAAUUACGGGAUCCAGAAACACCUUAAUGACGGCGGAUGGAUAUGUCGACAAGUCAAUUAAAACUUUGAAGUCAAUGAGCAGAAGAUUAACUGCAAAUAAAUUUAUAAGCUAUGCUAUUAUUGCAGUGUUGAUUUUAUUAAUAUUUUUAGUACUUGCAAGUAAAUUUUGGUAA